UCAUCCAUCCACAUCAAUUGGUGCCUGGGCCUCGGCAGUUGAUAGUGGCCCCUGCCAUCAUUCCGACCAGAAACCGAUAAUUGAAUUAGUGUAGCGACAAAUUCACUCUUAGUUUACAUCAAUGCCCACUGACUACGAUAUUUCAUUGUGAUUUCUAAUUAACGCAAUCUCAUCGGAGUCUAAAAAUGUCACGAUCACAAAAUGUCAGAAGACACUCGUCAAUCAACGUCACGGACACUUCAAAAUCAAAUAAGGAAAGUAUUAACGUCGAUUUCGCCGCAUCGAAGGAGCAGGACUCGCCGACAAUGGGGGAAUUACGGAAAGUCUUUGAGAAAUUGACGAUUGAUGAUGAACCUUCUCGCAGGAAACGAAGAUCACUUGCGAGGACAAACGUAGUAAACGAAAAUACUGCGGAAAAAAAUUCUAAAGAAAAGAAAAUCAGUAAAACCCGCGAUGACAAGGAUACAAAAAAAACAGGAAACGAGAAGAAAUCCAGGGCUUCGAGUAAAGCAGACAAUAAUGCUCAGGAAAAGCGAAAGACUAUCAAUCAAGCUCAGGAUCCAGGUUCUAGGAUUUCUGUAAAAGUCACUAAGAAAAAAUCACCGCAUCUUUCAUCAGGGGAAAAAAAUCAGAGACAAGCUGACGUUCCAUCAACAAGCGCUGAUUCAUGCUCUGGAGUCAAGACGGACGGAAAAUCGUCAAAGAAAAAGUCCAUCAUUGGUAUCAACUCAAAUGGUGACUCUCUAACGAAAGAGGUCUGCAAAGGUCCGUCGAGGGUUCACCACCAAAUCCCAGCAAUGGCGGUAAAACCAGUUCCAAGGUCACUCACCGGAGAGAAGAAUAUUUCCCGUCGGACUAGGACCAAAACAACUGGAGAUAAUCCGCAGACUAUGACAACAGAGAAGAAACCACCAAGAAAGGAUGUUCGCAAUAAGACAAAUGAAUUGGGAUUGAUGAAAGGUAAAACUGGUCGGGAAGUCAAUAAAUCAUAUGUGCUGUCUCCAUCAGAUAACACAGUUGAUAAUAAAAUGCCACAAUCGAAAAUGUCGACGAUACAAAUUGGAAAUAAGAAAGUCCCACCAAAGCCCGAGGGACUUGUUAAUCCCAAAAUGGAUUCUCCAGUAAUGAUGUUGGCGAAACGCGAGAAACAAUCGCCCCAGUCGCCGAUUGCAUCGGUAUCUGUGAAGCUCGAAUGCCGAGGAACACCUCCAGCGACCACUGCGAGAACUUUAAAUCCUGUUGACAUAAAAAAGUACGAGAAAUCCAGCAUCAAUGAACGAGGAAUAUCCCUCGGCAACACAGGAAUUAACCAGGGGCUGGUCGGAAUCGGUAAUCGUCGAUCGGCUUCAGGGAAGCCAGACGUGGUGAAAGAUAAUUUGGAAAAAACUGAUGGAUGCUCGUCGGACGAUCUCCAGCUACACCAGCAACCCUCGAGGAAAGCGCUUGGAGCUGAGCCUCGAGCCAACGAUGUAAGGGCCUCGCAGCUGGAGGGUUCGGGGGAAAAAGAUCAUCGAGGUCGCAGGGAGGAGAAAAAAGUGGGUAAAGCUUUUGAGACUCUUGCGGCCCACUUUGUCAGCACUGCCAAGAAAAUGGGAUAUCUUGAUGAUGUAAGCGAAGAUUCCUCAACCGAUGAUACAGAGGAUUCUGAGCAUUCCACCGACUGCAGUUGCUCCUCAUGUAGCAAUUAUUCAUCUCACUCAGAUGACUCUGAACACUCAACAGACUGUAGUUGUUCUUCUUGCACUGGUACGUCCUCCGAUGUCAUGACUGAAUACACCAUCAGCAGAUCCUCAAGCACAAGUUACUCUGAUUCAAGUGCUUCCGAUCGUAGCACAUCAUCAUCGAUGUCGGAUUAAUUGCACGAAUCAAUAAAAAUAAUAAUUCUUCUUAAAUCACUAUGUUUUAACGAUUUCUAAAUUUUAUCUUGAUAAAUUAUUUGUAAUGUACUGUGAAGUUAUGUGAAUAAAACUACCCCAAGUCACCCCGUA